UGACGAGGCCUUUAAACCUGGCAGGUUGCUCACACGCGCUCAGCUCCACCGCGCGCCGGACUCUCACUUCAGGAUUUCAGUUUGAAUUUCUUAAAGAAUCUAAACAGUUAAGUCACUUUUAAGGAAAUGGAUAUUGAUCGACGAGCAAACGUGACUUUUUUCGAUUUUAUUGGAGGGAUCCAGCUUCUCCAGGGAGAGGACACCAGAACCGUCAUGCCCGUCAUCCUGAUUGGGAUCUGCGUGUCCGGAACGGUGGGAAAUCUGUUGAUUCUUCUGAUUUUCAUCCGGGACUUCAGGAGCGGAUGGGGCUCGGAGGUGAAGGCGCUGCUCUCCUCCCUGGCCUCCACGGACUUGGUGAUCCUGUUGCUGUGCGCCCCCGUGCGCGCCGUCACCUAUUACAAGCAGACCUGGACGAUGGGGAGUUUUGUGUGCCGCACCACGGACUGGUUCCAGCACUCCUGCAUGGUGGCAAAAACUUUAAUUCUCUUGUCCACCACAAGAGCCAAACACACUCUGGUCCCCUCGGGCUCCUUGUCCAGCCCGACGUGGAUCCACGGAGCCCUGGCGUUCAUCUGGAUCGUCUCCAUGAUGUUUCCGGUCCCGCAGAUGCUUUUCGCCUCCUUGUUGCCGCACGGCAGCGACGCAGUCUGCGUAUCUGAGAUGCCCGCGUGCGCCUCUGACUUUAUGAGUUUGUUCUAUAAGAUUUACCCAACUGUUACGUUCGCAGCGCCCGUCAUCCUGACAGUCGCCUUCUACACCAAGACCCUGUACACCGCCGUGAACCACGCGCCCAGCCCGCAGCAUCAGAGCAAGGUGCUCCUGGUUUUACUGUGCCAAAGUGGCGCCCUGGGGCUCAUGCUGCUGCCAGAAUGGGGGACCUUCACCUGGAUCCGACUCGGCUACAACAAACCACCCGUGGGCUUGAUGAUGUUGGCGCAAGUGCUCCUUUACGCGUGCAGCGCUCUGUCUCCGGUCAUCCUCAUGACCAUGUACGACGACGUGCGCCAAGGAUUGGUCUCAGUGUGGCUCAUGGCCACCUGCAGGAGUGAGAAGCCCUCCAAAAAGUGCCCGCAAACUGGUGGGAACGGCGCUGAGGUGGGAGCAAACGACGUGGCCAAUGCGCUGUCUCAAGACAAGGAGACAACCUUCCCCGAUGUGGAGCACUUUUGGACGGGGCGCAGGAAUACGCACGUGGAGGACGAGCAGGAUCCAGUUCCGUGGGAAAAAGAGGAGAAGAUGUUGUAAUGAAGUCGGAGUGAUUUUUUAAAUUAUUAUUAGCAGAAGACUUCAGCUGUGUGUUGACCCACCAUGCAGACCCCUGUUGCCUGUUUACCAUCGUGAACUUGACUAGAAAUAAACUUCGUGUUUAAUGUUACACGUAUCUUCUGUUGUGAAUAUUUGUCCUGGCUGUCUGUAGGGCAUCUUAAUUUAUAGCAGAAGGCGUACAAAUAAGAAGAUGAUGUAAAUAUGGACUUUAAAAUCGUGAUUUUGUUUGUGUGAUGCAAAAUAUGCAUAUUAAAACUAA